AUGGAGACUGAGCCUGGAAGAGAGCAGACUGACCCUGGACAAGAUGGUCAAGAGCAAAUACAUGGAUUACUCCUGGACUUCCUUCUCCUGGGCUUUAAAGCUAGCUUGACAGACUCUAAGUGUGGGCAGAAAGUGCAAGAGACCAGCCCGUGGAGUUGUUUUGUCCUUUUCACUCUGGUUGCUGGGGGAAACCAGGUGAAGCAAGGCUCACACCCAUGGCAGGUUUCCCUGAAGAGAAGGCAAAAGCAUUUCUGUGGAGGCACUGUCGUUUCUGCUCACUGGGUGUUCACAGCAGCUCUUUGCACCCUGUACAGGUAUGGAUGGGAUAUUUCAGGCUGCAGGUGCAGGAAAACAUGGAUUGGAAACGGCUUACUCAGCUCUUGCUGUCUGUACAUCUUAAGUGCUCCAAAAUCUGAAGAUGAAAGGGACCUACUGCAAUACUUGCAUGUCACUGCAGGAGAGCACGGCUUGGGGCUCAGGGGGAGCAGUGAGCAGACAUUGUCUGUCACAUCUGUCAUUCAGCACCCCAAGUGUGACCCCAGGACUCCAAUGAAUUAUGACAUUGCCCUGCUGAAGCUGGAUGGCACCUUCAGCUUCAGUUCAUUAGUUUUGCCAGCAUGUCUUCCUCACCCAGGUGAAAAUUUUGAAGCAGGAUAUAUCUGCACUCCUUGUGGCUGGGGCCAUUUAAAGAAAAAUGGACUGCUCUCUCAGGUCUUGUAUGAAGUCAAUCCCCCAAACCCAAACAGCAGAAAGUGCUCAAUAGCACUGUCAACGUUCAGGAGCCCCAUCCAAGGUGACACCACAAUGUGUGCUGGAUUUCCAGCUGGAGGAAGAGAUGCCUGUGUGCUUGGGAGUGUUUCUCUGUGUGCCAAAGUAAGCAAACUCACUGUAAACUGGGAGGGAUUCUUUCAGAAGUUCCCUAUGGGGCAAUGCAUUACAGCAUUUUGUAGUGUUCAGGAUGGCAAACUCUGCAACAGUGAAGGGGAAUUACAUUUUCCUGGAACCGAACUGUUCUAUCAAAACCACAGUAAAUUGUGUCUAUGGACUCUGUUUGGGCCAGAAGGGAAUUACAUAUGGCUUUGUUCCUCCCGCCUUGAUGUAGAGCCAGAAAUAUUUGAUUAUGAUUCUUUAUCACUCUAACCAAAAGAUGACAGACUCGUAGGGGAAUUCUGUGGAGGAGAUCUUCCAUUACCUCUUUUGAUUGUCAAUAGCAUAAGGCUGAAAUUCAUUUCUAAUGAUGAGGAUUAUGGAACUGGUUUUUCCAUUACCUACAAAGCUCUUACACCAGAUAUUCUUCCUGGACAGCAUUUCCAGCUGGUUCUUUCCAUUUCUGUCUGCCUGGAUUUCCAGAUGCUGGAAGGAGUUUUGGAGAGUAUGCACUACCCAGAGCACCACAGCAACCUGGGCUGUCAGUGGAUAAUCAUCUGUGCUCCACAGGACCACGUAGUCAAGCUUACAUACCAGUCUUUUGAAGUAGAAGAGAGUGAAGAUUGCUUCUAUGAUGCCAUGACUGUGUACGAAGAUGUGGGAAAAGAGGAAGAAAUUGUCAAGUCUUGUGGAUUUGCCCUAUCAGCACCUGUUCCAAGCUCUGCUGUGAUGCUGGUUGUCUUCCACUCUGAUGAAAAAGAGACUUUUGGAGGAUUCCAAGCUACAAUCUCCUUUGUUCAUGUAGCAGAUUUAAAUAUUUUGAAUUCAAUUAAAUAAGAAGAUUUUGAAAACAUGAAUGUUACUAAAGAAGAAAUAAAGGUUACAACAGAGGAUGCUUGUGGAAUGCCUUCAAAUCAACCCAGGUUCUGUGUGCUAGGAACACAGCAGGUUUUAAGAUUCAUGGGUUUCAAGACUGCUGUUAUAUCAGCCUGAAAAUGAACAAUGAACAAUUUUUUUUUCCUUAGGGAAAUAUACAGAGACUUAUGGAUGGUGGUAACAGGACUUCAGGAUCUUACAGAGGAAGAGUACACACAGAAAAGGUCAGUCAAGCAGUAUUUUAUACACCCAAAUUUGAACAGGACCACCCUGGAUGCUGACACUGCCCUGCUGCAACUGGCUGAGCCCUUGGAAUAGCCCCUCCGUGAGAAGGGGGUGCUGCAGCCCUCGAGGAUGCCUGUGGUCACAAGGUGGGCUGCAUCUGAGGAAGACAGCAAAAAGGGGAAAAAACUGCAGCAGCUGAAACUCCCCAUCCUGGCACUGAGGAUAUGUCAGAGCUAUUACAUAAACCUUCCCAGUAAAGUGACCCAGGGGAUGAUCUGUGCAGGAUUCCCUCUAGAGGAAGGCAAGGACAUGGGCGAUUCUGGAAGCCCAUUAUUUUGUCCUUCAGGAGACAACUCAGGGUUUUACACUCUCCAUGGAAUUACUAGCUGGGGCUUGGGAUGUGGAAGGAAGAACAACCCAGGAGAAUACACCAAUGUUAGUUUUUUUGCUGAUUGGAUCAAGAAGCAUAUUAAUAGUAGUGGUACGUAUGGGGAAAAAAACCCCAAACAGCCAAUAAAAAAGCCCAAACAACAAAUAAUCUUUUUGCUAUUGUUAGAUGAUUAAUUUGAGGUCUUUUUAGGGUGCCAUUUUUAUAUCUGGGAGUCCGGCACUCCUUGAGAUCUUGGCUGUUAAAAAUAUCCCUAGCUGAAUACCCAAAAAAGUUGAUUUAAGUUUCUUUCUUAAAUCAGCAGUAACUUCUGAAAAUCUUAUUUCUUCCAGUUGUAUUACUAUUAUUUCAUUCUCUACUGCAUUUCAUGUGUGGAUGAAUGUUUUUCCUUGCUGUGGCUUUGCAGCUUCAUGUCUCAGGGUUGGGAGGAAGUCGAGGAGCAUGAACUGACACGUGCUGGCAACUGAGUCCACUUUGACAAGUUUACAGCCUGUCUUCAUUGAUGAUCUUGGCAGAGUUUACCAUUUUAUACUCUUUUUUCAGAGCUCCCCAUUUUCAUUGUGUGACUGUCAAAAGAACUGUUCUGAUGGAUCUCAUUGUAAAACAUUCCCAAAGCACAAAUGUCAUUGUAAACAAAAUUUGGUGGGCGCAUGCAGGUUUUUGACUGAUGAACAGAUUCCAGAGUAGCUGAUACUUACCCUGGGGAAUUUACUGCUGAUUUACCUGAACUGAGACUUUGGCUUUUCAUGUGUGUUGGAGCAGUCACAAGUUACCUGCAGGCUUCUGACACUCUGUUAAUCCAUCUUAGAAAGGAAAAGAGGGAAAAUAAGCCACAUGAACUAAGCAUGUCCUUGCUUGUCCUCCUUGAAUGUAGUGCUGGAGAGCGUAAAAAUACUGCAGGAUAUUUUUAAUACAGUCUCUGGUUUUACAAACUGUUUGGUGUUUAAACAAUGUGUUUGAAAAGACAGGUGUUACAGGCCAAGGGACCCUGCAAGAACUGACAGCUAUCCUAAUUAAUCUAUGCAUUAACUUGUUUAACUAGCAGUUUGUUUAAUGUCCAAAAGGCUGCUUAUGCAGAAAUCUCUGCCGACAGGCUCCAGUUAGCUCCAAUAAGCUUUGCAGACUUUUGUGAGCUUUGCAGCUCACAGCUGUAGUGUUUAAAACUAGAUUAGUAAAAUAGUACAACAGGUAGCACAAAAAAAAUCCUCCUUUGACUCAAUGGUCCAGAUAAUAACUAGAUAUCUCACUUAGUUUUUGUUGAUAUUAAUGGCAAAAAUAUUUAGAGAGUUUUUCUCAUAAAAGCAUUUGAUACCAAUAACCCUCCUUUUUUAUUAUAUUGGUUUUUUUUAAACUUUCAAUUUUAUUCUGUAGCUGGGGAAACAAUAAUCUCACUGACUUUAUUCUUCAAUGAAUAAAGUAAACAUAUUUCACCACUUUCUUCUCUUCACCAUAAAAUUUGAGGCAAAAGCCCACAAAAUAUUGAGCAUGAGUUUUUUGUGAAGCUAUGAAAAUACUUAGCAGUGGCAGGAUUAUGGGCUAAUUGAGAUUCAGUGAUUCAGAUUAAUAGCUGUGUCACAUUAUUGAUAGAAUAUGUGUGCUCUAUUUUUGCCAAGCUCUCUGAAGAGAUCUUCAGAGAGAAAUGGAGGGAAAAUAUCCUUUGUAAAUUUUUAUCAUAGAAGCCUGUUAGUGUUUGGUUAUGGUGGAAAUUGCCAUCAGCUAACUGUAUCAGUUUAUGCUGGGAGCAGAUGUGUAUUAUCUCUUGGCUGCUAUUCUGUUUUGCUUAACAGGAACACAGUGACUUUUAGCUGUUUAUUAAUUUAAAACAAGGAUUUCAAGGGGAUAUGUUCAGAAAAGCAAAAAUUGUGUGAGGAGAGCUACAGGUGAUAUCAGCUGUGAUGUUAUUGAAUGAAGUUGGUGUCUCUAACGAAAAUUCCUGUCUUAAAUUCUUGUCUUACAAUAUCUGCUUUUGAUCUGAUUGCUAUGGCACUUACUUUUUGCUUGGCUGCUUGAUGUUGGCCUUUGUGUUUUUCCUAGUAUGACUUUACAGGGAGCUUAGUUUUUGCUUUUGUUUGUCUCUUCUUUUUAGUUUCAUGUAAGGCACCAGUACCUUUUAGCAACAAUGUGAACUGUUUUCUGAUGCAAAUGAAAUCUUGAUUAAAAAAAACCAAACCUAAAAAUAAUAAUAAAAAAUUACUUUCAACGGUG